CUUGUCAGGACUGGAAGACAUCGGGUUUGCGUAUCACGCGUUGGACGUCCGCCCAACUUACCAUGAGUUUUUGCGCACGCUUAAGAACUCGCCGAACCUGCAUACCCUUACCCUAUGUCAAUCAGGGCCGGCAGGUAUGCCUGUGGACUGGUUGAAUAGCGUCAAGGAGGCCAUGGCGGACGUCGACCAAGUUACAGAGACUAUCCCCUCAGGCUCGCUACUUGACAUCACCCUUCCUUCCGUCAUGAAUCUCAUCCUUGCAUUCCUUCCGCCAGACUAUGUGCUCGCACUACUAGACCACAUCCGCCUGCCGAACAUCAUAUCACUCGCUCUGGAUUUUGAGCAAGACGAAUACACUUCCGUUGUCACCCGACUCUCCGAGCCCGCGACAGGCACGAGAAAAGCCCUGCUCUCGGGUGUCGAGAUGCUCAAGCUGUCCGGCCUGCCGUGUUCGCACAUCCCCACGCUCGUCAAAGCGGCAGACGCACUACAGAACCUGAAACGGCUGGAAAUCAACUUCAACCACGUCGACUACCUCUGGAUGGAUCUCAUCUCUGCACCCGACGCGAUUGCGGACGCGAAUCUUCCACCGGGGACAACAUUUUUUCCGCGGCUUGAGACGCUCUCCGUCACUGCUCUCGACGGGUCGAGCGUGCGAGACCUCGUCCAACGCUGCAAGGACAUGGGCAGACCACUCAAAGAGCUAUAUCUCAACAAGGAGGAACGUCUCUGGGACGAAGACCGGGUGUGGCUGAAAGAGAAUCUUGAGGUGUUUGAGCGAUUUGAGGGCUCUGACGAUGAGGACGUUGACGAUGUUGACGACCUGCUCGAUCUAGAGGGCGUCGACGAGGAGGAUAUCAUAGAGGACGAUUACGACGAGGAUUGGACCGACGAGGACGAAUACGAGGAUGAUUUCGAUUAUGAGGAUGAGGGUGAGGAUGAGGGUGAUACGCUCCAGUUUCGGUGAGGUACUGUCAUGACGACGUCAUCGCCGCAAGCACUGGGGCUUGAGCGGGGUCAAGACUCUGGACGUACUAGCCAGGUGUGCCCAUCGUUCAUAUACAUACUGUAUAAAU